AUGAUAGCCCAUGAGUGGAAGGAUGAGAUGGUCAAGAUUUUUAAGGACAUAGGACCUUCUUGCGCAGAAGUCUUUAAGCAGAGAUUAGCUACCUUUCAGUUCACUGGAGAUGCUUAUACUUGGUGGACUUCAGCUUCACGUGGCUUGGAUCAUGCCACCAUGACAUGGACAGACUUCAUUCAUAUGUUUGAUGACAAAUAUUUCCCUCAGAGUAUUCGAAAUGCUAAGGAGAGAGAGUUUCUUUCAUUUAAGCAGGGUAAUUUAUCUGUUACAGAGUACGAGAUUGAAUACUCAAGAUUUUCGAUGUUUGUACCUCACCUGGUAGAUACUGAAGAGAAAAAUAGACGUAGGCAUAUUGUUGGAAAUCAUAUGAUUGACACAUAUGUUAGGGAUCUUGAGUGUGCUAGAGAGCUUGAGCAAGACUAUUUGGCUCAUAAGAGGGAUGAUAAAUACUUGAAGAAGGAGAGUAAGAUUGAUCAUGCAUCAAAGUCUUCAUCGAGUCAACAUGGAAGUGGUAAGAACCAGCAAACCCAGAAUGUCACUCAACAAGUGCCAGCUGAGGGCGAGGCCCUUGCUGCCAAACCAAUUAACUUCUAUGGGUUUUGCUAUAACUGUCGUGAAAGGGGGCAUAAGCCUCGUGGCCAGAGUCAACUCUUUGUUGUGCAACCUCCUGAGACAGAGAAUGCUACUUUGGGAGGUACUUUCUUUAUUUUAGGAGAGCAUGUUAGUAUUUUGUCUGAUACCGGAGCUACUCAUUUUUUCAUUUCUGCUAAGUUAGUUCACAUGGUAAAUCUUUCUAUGAAAGUGUGUGAUUUUCCUUUAUGUGUUGCUACUCCUACGAGUAGUAUGGUAGAGUUGAGUAACAAGGUUGAUGCUUGUCUUAUUUUGAUUGGAGAUGUUGAGCAUUUGGAGGAUCUUUAUGUGUUAGAGAUGGUUCCUUACGAUGUAAUAUUAAGAAUGGACUGGUUAUCUUUGGAUUGUGCUGACAAGACAAUCACUUUUGCAAAGCGGAUUGCGAGUAUAUUAGUUGUGUCUGAUUUUGCAGAUUUGUUCCGAAAGGUUCCUGGAUUAUCUCCAAAUAAGCAAGUGGAGUUCUGCAUCGAACUUCAACCAGGUACGACACCAAUUGCUCCUGCUCCUUACAGAAUGGCUCCAAAGGAAAUGCAGGAGUUAAAGUCUCAGAUUGACCAGCUUUUGAGUCAAGGAUUUAUUCGACGUAGUUCUUCACCAUGGGGUGCUCCUGUUUUAUUUGUGAAAAAGAAAGAUGGUUCGUUACGAUUGUGUGUUGAUCACCGUGAACUAAACAAGGUCACGAUAAGGAACAAGUAUCCUUUAUGUAGGAUUAAUGAUCUAUUUGACCAGUUGAAAGGGGCUAUAUGGUUUUCGAAGAUCGACUUGAAAUCAAGCUAUCAUCAGCUUCUUGUAAGAGAGCAAGAUAUUUCCAAAACUGCAUUCCUUACUCGUUAUGGUUCUUAUGAGUUUUUGGUGAUGCCUUUUGGGCUUAUGAAUGCACCAGCUGUGUUUAUGGAGUUGAUGAAUCGAGAGCUUAAGACUAAGCUUACUUCGGCACCAGUUUUGACCUUACCUGUGGAAGGAAAGGAGCUAGUGGAAGGUAAGGUUAUUUCUUAUGCAUCUAGGCAAUUGCGUGUCCAUGAGAAGAAUUAUCCAACCCAUGACUUGGCAGCGGAUUUGAAUAUGAGACAACGUCGAUGGAUGGAGCUCAUCAAGGAUUAUAUUUUUGACUUACAAUAUCACCCUGGUAAGGCGAAUGUUGUAGUUGAUGCCUUGAGUAGAAUACCAAUGGGUUUGUUAGCUUCCAUGAUGGUGGAAGAGUGGAAGAUGUUAGAGACAGUUGCUGAGUUUGACUUGGACAUCACGAAUUCCUCUAAUUCCCAGGCAUUUUUAGGUAAUCUUGUGGUACAACCUGCACUUAUUAGUCGUAUUAUUCAGGCUCAAUCCAAGGAUGAUUGGUGUGCGAAAUUACUUGGAGCUGGGGGAUUUAAGUGA